GGAUGACACGAACAGCUGCUGUGCGGUCUCCAUACCAUGCUUUCAGUCUCUCCUCCCAUUGCUCCCUGACCCUGUAGCUCAGCCUCCAGUCUUUGGGAGUGGUUACAAGGGUACUGCCUGCUACACAGACAUAGGAGCCCCUUCCCCUCCCUCCUGUGGUCCCUUAUGAGAUCGAUAACUGCGGGUCCUGGGGAUCAAUUCAGAGCUGACACAUUGAUUGUGCCCUGGGAGAGGUGACAGUCCCUGGAUCUGGCUGUAGAAGUGUAGAAUGGUGGUGGGAUGCUGCAGUCUCUAGCACCGUCGUAGAACGUAGAACCCUGACUCACCCUGGGACAGAGGGAGGCUCUGCGCUGCACCCAGAUAGCUGGAUACAAUGUAUACUUUCGUUGUGAGAGAUGAGAACAGCACAGUGUAUGCUGAAGUAGCUAAAAUCCUCCUGGAAUCAGGACAAUGGAGGAGACUGAAAAGGGACAAUCCUCGGUUUAACCUGAUGCUGGGAGAGAGGAACAGGCUGCCUUUUGGGAGGCUGGGUAAGACUUCCUUGGCUCAUUAAUAAAACAAAAGAUAUAGCAAUUCUUUUGUGUUUGCAAUCAUGUGAUUCAUUUGUAUUCACUGGGAACUGAAUGGACAGUGAUGUGCUAAACUGCUUGGCUUCAAUAGCUUUUUAACCCUUCCCUCUCGGUGCUUGCAUUGAAGAAGUCUUUGGCAAGCAUGCCAGUCACAGUGCCAUCUGAAAGUUGGCUAGAAAAAGCUGUGAUUGGGUGUAGCCCUCUGCAGUAAAAGGUAGCAUGCUGGUUACUGCAACAUCAUUUGUGCUCUGCAGAGGUACAGAUUACUUCUUUAAAAAAUAAUGAUAAAUAUAUAUUCCCUUACAUAAGCCCUGUAUUCACCAUUAUUAAUAAUAAUAAUAUAGCUCCAAAAUAUUCCACAGUGUUGCAAUUAACUCCCAAGAGGUAUCUGGUUACACUUUCAAAGUGCUUUUCAGUCAUUUUAAUGUAUUAUACUGAGUAUUUAUCCCUGUCACAUUACCUGAUUUAUUGCAGAAUUCUUGCCAGACAUACACGAUGCGAAAAAGACAAAUGGCAACAGACGAUUUUAUUCUUAACUAUAACUGCAUAAUUUAUUUUAUAACAAUCCCCCAUAUGCAAAUACAAGUAAUGUUAGUAUUUUCUAAUGGGUUUGUCAUGAACCACACACAAAGAAUGUUUUGCCAUUUUAAUGUGUAUCGCAAAAUAGCCUUUGGCAGUCAUUUUCAUAAAAUGUGGGUUUAUUUAAAAGGAAACAAGAAUCAAUUGCCCCCUAUUUUGCAAUGCAUUAUACAGGCAAUACAUAAUAGAGAAGCAACAGAAUGAAAUUAGAAUGAAGAAGACACCUUUAAAGAUUCCGAAACUUAAAAAAAAAAAAAAAGAGACUGUCUUCUGCUUCAGUCAUAACUCUUCCAUAACAGGAAGUAGCUUCAACAGUCAGGGCUCUCUCAUUCUUAUCUAUGGGGCCUGAUCUAGUUCUUUAAACUCCUGUCCAGAGUUUAUUAAAAUAAAUGUUAUCUCCCAUGUGCAGUUCCACUCAUCAUAUAGAGUUAUUGGAAUGGCUGAAUAAACCAAUAGUAGCCAUUCCAAUUUUGUGUACCGGGCUUUAAGCAGCUUGUGUGUGUGCUCCAUGGAGGAGGAGAGAGACUUCCUAUUUGUGCAUGUGGAGUGUGCAUGCUGUACAAACAAGUUGGACAAAAUUGACACAGCAAGGGAGGAAGUGAAAACUGCUGUAUCAAAACCCAGGCCCGGAAUUGCUACAGUAUGGUCACUCUCAGAAGAGAGAGGGGUGGCAGGUUACUAUACCAUACCCUUUGCAAUGAUACUUAUAGUAGCCCUUUAAAACUUGGUUACUGUGCUAAAAACUGGCGAGUAUCUUUGGACACAUCAGUAAUAAUAGGCUCAUAGUGAUUUACCAUUAAAUAAUAAACAAUAUGUCCGCUCUGAAUUAAUAGUAAUGCUCACAUAAGAAUCAGUGCUUGUUAAUGUUGGCACCCAUGAUUUUUGUAAAUCCCAUUUCCCGUGAUGAACAUUGUCUUGACAUUACAGAGUUUCAGAUAAGUGACAGUUCAUCGUACCAUCACCACAAUAAAUACUUUUAUAGAAUUUGUCUGGAGCAGCAGAGAUAAAAACACUUUUCGUGUUUCAGGGGCUUUAUUGCCCCAUGAUGUCUUGGGUGGACACAUGCGCACUCUGAAUUUUAACUGAGAAAUUUUAAUUCUCUCUGUUUGUGGUGUACAAAUAUUUACAUACUUUGCCCGACCUCCUUCAGCAAAGUAUAUAACUUGAAAUAUAAUUCAUUUUAUAUAUAUAUAUAUAUAUAUAUAUGUGUGUGUGUGUGUUUUUAAAGUUAGAUAUUUGGUAGUGCUAAAAGUGAAAAAGUGACAGAUCUUUAAUUUUUCCAUGUAUAAAGUUGAAAUAAACAUGCAGACACUCCCAGGAUAAGGGAAUCCUGUAGGGAUCAAGAUGAUAUUGCCUUUCAGGGUGAGACUGAUAUACAAGAUAAUAUAAGGUAUCUCCAAUGAUGAUAGCACUGUUAUUAUCUACCUUGACAUGUAUACUAUCGUACAAAUGAUGUAAGACUGUGGUUCGAUUGUGUAAUUUGUUGCAUUAUAUUGUAAACAUGCCUUAUGGUUCAUGGACAUAACGGCACAUACAUUGUCUAUUUUAUACUGCAUGUUUGUACGAACUAUAUAGAGCUGUAUUCUCAAUUGUUUAGUUUUGUAUAUGUAGCAUGCACAGGGUUCCUGGCAUUUUAGAGUGAUAGAUGGGCACUCAAUUUGUUUAGAUGGUGAGGUACUAUACAGUCGAGUGAUGGAUAUAUGGUGGUGAGUGGUGGGUAAAAAAUAACGCUCUGUGCUGUAGGCUUGGUCAUAUAGUGCCAUCUGACAUGCAUUGUAACUGGGGUGGCACUAAUAUUGGGCACCCUGUCGUCGUACUUUUCAAGGUUUGUACUCAUUGUUUCAUGUUAGAAAUUAAUUUUCCUUAUGCUUUACAAAACCAAAAAUUGACUAAAUUGGCACUCAUUGCCUGAGCGAUUAAAGGGUUUCUCCAAGUAAUAUGGCCACUUUAUUUGUUUUAAAAAAAAAAGCCUUUAUGUGCACCAUUUCAGUAUGAAACAUACAUACCAUGAUAUAACAGUUUGCUACCAGAAUUGUAUCUCCAGCUCUGGCAACCUUUAUUACCAGCGUGGCACAAAGGAAUCAGCGCCAAGGUACUCCUGGCAUCAUAGCCUCUACACCGGAUUAUAGUGGUUAUGAUGCUUGAAGUAACCCUUUCAGAUGAGGAGGGUCAGAAAUCAUGGAGUAAAAGCAGCCCCCCUCCUAACCCCUCCCCACCUUUUUAUGCUUUCUUGUGUGCCAGUUUAACCCCUUAAGGACCAAAAUUCUGGAAUAAAAGGGAAUCAUAACAUGUCACACAUGUCAUGUGUCCUUAAGGGGUUAAAUUGGUUGCUCUUUAUCCUAUAAUAGAUCCUUUAGGUUUAUUUAUAAAAGUGUCCCUAACAUAAGAGUGGUGUAAAGUUCCAAGUGGAAUGGUCUCCAUGAGUUCUUAUGGAAUCUGCGGGAACAUUCUGUUGGUUUCCAUGGUGAUUACUUCUUUUUCAAAACUUUGCACGACUUUCUAAUUUUGCAACACUUUGACAUAUUUCUUAUUUUGCUUCACCUGCCAGCCUAUAUAAAAGUUAUGUAAAAAUAUACCAACUAAUUCCUUACUGUUUGCACAUUCUGUUCUUGUUCGUACAGGUCAUGAGCCUGGGCUUGUUCAAUUAGUGAAUUAUUACCGUGGUGCCGAUAAGCUUUGCCGUAAAGCUUCUUUGGUAAAGUAAGUGAAAAUCACUUGUUUUGUUCUUUUUUUUUUUGUUUGUUUGUUUUUUUUUUUUUAAUAUCAUAGUGCUUAAAAAUCUCCGCAGGCUUGGCAUCAUUCCUGACAUCUAAAAUUAAACGUUUCAAGUAGAUCUAAAUAUUUUAUACUCGCAAGCACCUGCAUAAUUCCCUGUCAGACUUUCCUUUGAUCUGAAUGUGUGACGGCCUAAAUAAGCAUAGUUCUAUACCUAUAAGAUUAUUGAAUAUAUAUAUUUUUUUAUUUUUUAUUUUGUUAGGCUUCCUGAACUAGACAUGAUAAUUACAUGCCCUGACCAAGAGUAAAUAAUACGUAGUUACUUACUGAAUUAGGUACAGCAGUCUCUAUUUUGACAAAACAGUGGAUUUACACAGCUUAUUCACCUAAACCAACAGAAAUCUUAAUUCCAGUAACUGUACAAUGCCUUUCAGAGGUAUCUUACCUCACAAAUUGAGCUAUACAAGUGCAUUUUUAGAUUUAGCAAUCUGGAGUGAUAUAUCUGUCAUUUACAUAUCUAUUCCAGUCUAGAGCCAUGAUUAUUAAAGGGACACUAUAGGCAAUGUAUCUACUUCAUCUCAUUGAAGUGGUUAUAGUGUCUCGAGUCCCCGGCGCUGUCCUUCCAUUCAGCAUUAAACUGAUUUUAAUGUUUCAGUGCUAAACAGAGUCCAGAGCAGCCCAUCCCGUCUGUGCUAACUUGGCUAACGAGGACGCAUUAGCCAGAACUGCAAUUUGCCAAAUACAGAGAGAGUCCAGGCACAGAGAUUGCAUCAUACUGCAGAAUUUUUAUUGGAAUGAGCACAAUAUAACAACGUUAAGACCAAUAUAGACUGCCUUUCUCACAUCUCUCUCAGCAUUUGGAAGUAUUCUUGGGGAUUUGCCUGAGCCUGAAAAAUCAGUAUAUUACUUGGAUUAAUUACCUCAUAGAAUGUGUGCAAUCCCUGCUGGAAACAUAUUUGAACAGCAGUGGGCGACUAUGAUUGGCUCCAAGUGUCAGUUGACCUCUUUCAGUCUAUCACAGGGCCAUUGCAAGUAUGGAUUGGUAUGGCUACAAGGAAGUGUGUAAUCUCUGCCUUAGCUAUACCUCAAGUGGAGGCUGAGUGCCUCUUGGAGGCCAGGAAUUCUUAUUCAGUGAUAAACUUCUCAAAAAUUGUGUAACACUGAAUGGAAGGGCAGUGCCAAAGAACUCCAGGCACUGUAACCUGUUCAGUGAGAUGAAAUGGUUAUAGUGCCUACAGUGUCACUUUGACUAAAAUAUGAAUUCUUUAGAAUUCAGAGUAAAUUUCAUAUUGCCUAAUAAAUAAACCUUCUCCAAGUCGACUCUAUUUUCAGCUUGAUUAUUUAGAUUUCACCUUAAAGGGCUCUUUGGGAAGAGCAUGAAAUUAUAUCUAUACAUUGUGCUAUGCCCAUGAUUUUACUGAUAAGAGAGCGCAGAAAAGAUCUCCCACAGUUGGAUCUUCUGCUCUCCCAGUCAUGUGCAUGGUAGUUCUGGAAAAUCCCUAGCCGACGCUGCUUGCGCUGACUAGGGAGUAUAGGAAUGGAGUUACUGAUAUCACGAAGAUGCUGGCAACAAAACAAAAAAAAAGCAAAUAAAAGAAGACCAGAGGAGGAGGGGAGGACCAAAUGGAGAUGGAUGUUGCAUGAAGAGGAACACCCACAAAGCUCUGAAGAAGACAUAGCUGGGACCAAGGUGAGGUGAGUAUAUCUCAAUAUUUUACAUUGAAUACAUCAUGUAUCUUUACGAUGUAUGAUGUAUUCAAUUUAUUUUGGGGUGAUUUAGGGUAAGUUCUUUUUUUCAUAACUGGUUUGCUUUAAUUUCCUGACAGUUCAUGAAUAACCCUGUGUGUAGGGCAGUGAAAAAAGUAUUCGUCCAUUUUCUGAUUUUCUGCAUUGCUGAUCAUUUUUGGAAUAGAAUAUUAUCAGUUCUACAACCAAAACUAUAGAUUGGGUAUUAUUAUUAUUUUAAUGUGUGUUAAAAAUAUUUGUGACGAAUGGCGUUCAACAAGCGCACAUGCAGUCAGACACAGGGACACAGGACACGUGUACCUGGUGCAGAGCCACAUGUGUAGAGACCAUUGAUUUAAUUUCUAAUUACUGAGAUUCCCCUCUGCACAAUUACAUAACAAAUCUUUAUGAUGUGUACAUAACACGUAAAGGAGCACUCUAGACACUAACGAGGUGUCUGCAGUCUGUAUUUUUUUUACCUUUUAUAAAAGUAGAUCUGCAGCUUUUACAAGUUUUUUUUAUUUCAUAUACCUCCCAAAAAAUGCUGAAACAAAUGCUUUCUUUUGGGAUAUAUCUACUUAAUAGUUAAAAAAAAAAUUAACUGUAGUGUCCCUUUAACAUUUCAACUUAAACUGCAGUAGAUUUCUCAUUUAAGGGAAGUAUCACCUCUAUUUUGGGACAUAUGCCUCAUUUAUACAGAACACAUUUACACCCCUACCCACCGGUUUAUUAAACAGAUUUUAUUUUUCAUUCAGAAUGUUUACAUGCCUGCAACAGAAGGAAUAUAAUAUCAAUAUAAUUGAUUUUUUUCUCUCUCACUGUCCGAUACAGAUUAAUAAAAACCAGUCCAGAACUUUCAGAAUCUUGCACUUGGUUCCCAGAAUCCUAUGUGAUUUAUCCUGUCAAAGAAAAAACACAAGUUGCAAGAGCAAGCAAUGGACUUCAUGAUCUCAUCAACAGCACACGAACAGAUGAGCGAGAAGAGUUUUUGACAUCUUUCAAUGAAAAGAAAGAUAAUGGAGAGGGAAACGUGUGGAUCGCUAAAUCCUCCUCGGGCGCCAAAGGUAAGACCUGGUUAUGUUCAUUAUUUGUAACACUAAGCACGAUCCAUUUUGUUAUAAAAAGAGACACUUAAUUAAGAUGGUUUAUUCUCAUUUUGUAACUUUUUUUACAGUGCAGUUAACUGCAGACCCAGGAUGGUGGGUUUUGUUUUGUGCUUAGUAAUUUACAUUUCCCAAGACAAAAUUUAGAUUAUAUUUCAAAUUUGGUGCAACUUCAAAACAAGUGACCUAACUAAAAAGAUGAAGAAGUCCCCGAAUGAGCAUGCCGAAUUACAAGCAAAUAUUUGCGUCUUACCUGCUUAACCCCUUAAGGACACAUGACAUGUGUGACGUCAUAAUUCCCUUUUAUUCCAGAAGUUUGAAUCUUAAGGGGUUAAUAUCUCUGUAGCAUUUGUGUCACAGAUGGUUCCAAGUCCGCUUGUCUUACAACAAUACAUUUAUUGUUCAAGCAGACAACAUUCCUUACUAGGAACUGCAAUUAAUGUGGAGAUAUAUGGUGAGAAAAAAACUAGAUGUACAUGUGUAAAAACUAUUUUCAUAAAUAAAGAGGAGGAUCUUUGUUCAGAAGAUAUAUCUGCCCACCCAGUAAUAAUAAUAUCUUCAGAACCAAGAUUAGGAACUCUGUCUCCCUGCUGUCAACAAACUGCAAGCCUAUAAUCUACCAUUUGCCAAAAAAUAAAGAGUAUUGUUUGCAAGUGAAUGGUAGUGGUUUUUAAGGAAACCCUACAGUUCCUAAGUGUGUGAUAAUGUUUUACCAGUUUUCUAGAUAAACAUUUGGGUUACAUUGUGUGACUGUGUUUCCAUAUAUAGACAUUGAUGGGUUUAGGGAUCUAAAGCUCUGCCUUCCACAUGGUAUUAAACGAAAGAAUUAAAUCUGGUCCUGUGUGGAUUACAAUUAGAGCUGGGCUUCUUAGGAAAAUGGUUGCUUCUCUGAAAACGUGAAUAUCUGAGUCUUCAUGAGGACAAACUCGGAACACUUUACAUUCUGAUUUGAGGUGGAGGGAGGGUGAAUAAAUCGUUUCUAUGUACUUCUUUUUCAUUCUGAGGUAAAACAAUUCACUGGUUCUUCUGUAAUUAAUUGAAGAAUUCUAAAAUGAUUAGAGCUUCGAUAUACGAGUAGUAGAAUUUUAAAAUGGCCUGAAUAUAUGCUAUAGAAAUAGUUCAAUUUGUGGUAAGCGCUCCAGAAACCCUGGAAAUGGUGCAUGUGACUCCAGAUGUGCGAUCCUGUUUGCACAAUAGAAGAAAAUAGAUUCAAAUUUAGAAAAUGGUUUUCUCAUAAUAAGAUUAGUGUGCUUUGUGAGUAGAGUACAUUUUUCUGAAUCUUGCAGGAACUUUUCAUUAAUUUCUUUGUUCGCUUUACAUGUGUUUUUUCUGUGUGCAAAGAGUUUUUGUUUGUUUUUUGUGUAUAAUGGCUACCUUGACCAGGAAUUAUUAUUCUUACAGAGAAGCCUUAUAUCCUGUGAUAAAGGUAUUAAUGUAUAUUUUGCUUCUUUGAUAGGGGAAGGGAUUCUUAUAUCCUCUGAUGCCAGUGAGCUUCUCAAUUUCAUAGACAAUCAAGGCCAAGUGCAUGUUAUUCAGAAAUACUUGGAGCACCCCAUGUUGCUGGAGCCUGGUCACCGGAAGUUUGAUAUCAGGUAAUCUCUUUAAUGCAUCUCAAGCUGGAACUAUUUAGUUUUGCUAGAUCUGCUGUUCCCAUGACAACUGCAUACUGUGCCUGUGUUAGUGAAGUAGUUAAAAUGCACCUGAAAACAGAAUAUUAUAUUAACUUAUGUAUAGAGGAAAUCAUAUCUUUUAAGGGCAGCGCCAGUGCAAGCAUUUUUGCUGCCCUAUUCAAAAACAAAUUUGCCGCCCCAUUUGCUUCACCCAAUCAUGCAGACUAACACACACGCUGAUUAAAGUAGACACACACUGACCAAUGCAAACUGACACACGCACUAACCCAUGUAGACUGACGCUCACUGGCCCAUAUACACACACUGAUCCAUGCAGAUACACACAUAUAGAGAGACACUGACCCAUGCAGACACACACAUAUAGAGAGACACUGACCCAUGCAGACACACACAUAUAGAGAUACACUGACCCAUGCAGACACACAGUGGCCCACUGACCUAUACAGAUACACAUACUGACCCAUACAGAUAUACACACUGACCCAUACAGACACACACACUGACCCAUACAGACACACACACUGACCCAUACAGACACACACACACACACUGACCCAUACAGCCACACUGACCCAUACAGACUGACAUACACAAACAUACUGACUGAAGCAGACUAACACACAUUCUCUGGCACACAUCUUGCCUUCAUUGCUGUUUCUUGCCUGCGCCUGGCUGCCAUAUUUUCUGUUAUGCUCCCUCCCACUUCUCCCCACGUACAAGGGAAGGGGCGGCCCCCGUCGCCACCAUGGAUGUCUAGGAGGGGGGUCCUGGCUGAGUGGGCUGAUGUGUAUGCCUCCGGACCGAUAUUCUACCGGGCGCUAGUGAGCAGCCGUGGCCAGCGGCCUGCUCAAAAUAAUCUAACUUGAUGGAGGGGCAACCGCAGCACAAACUACCGUUAACCCAGGGCAGGCGCCCUCUCUUAAGCAGUGCCCUAGGCAGACGCCUAAUUUGCCUAUAGGAAGCGCCGGCCCUGUAAGGGAUACUGUAAGCACUAAAAUAACUUUACCUUUAAGGAACACUCAGAGCAGCUUACCUAAUAGAGUGCACUGGUUUCCCCAAUGUAAGGAAUCAAACCAUUUAGUAACAGCUUGAGUUCUUAAAUGCCAUCCCCUGGACUACACUCCAUGGCUCCUAUCUGCCAGAAGGAGCUUCCAUUAGCUCUGUUUAGCUCAUUGCUGAUCACUCUCAGUCAAUGAAGAGAGCUUCCGGCAAAGAGGAGGUGUUACUACAUGGUUUCACGCCUAACACUAGGGUUGAGGGGUUACCAAGGCAUGUUUGGCAUCAUGACCACUAUAGUAUGCUGUCGUUUUUUAUGUUGAUUGAACUUUAAUCACACACAGGUGAAUGCUGCGUGCUCUGGUAGGCAAUUAAAGCAGGAGAUAAGAAAUUCUAAAUUAAACAUCCCGCAACAGACCUCUUUUUCCAGGAGUGUGUAGAGAGGCUGUGGGAAUCACAGCCAGGUGAGGGGUGCAUACAGUGUCCCUUUAAUCAUUUAAGGACCAAUGUCCGUUUACACUUUCAUAACAUUCAGUUAUGUUAGGAUCCUUUUCUAAACUGGAAUUUACCACUCAAUUUAAGCGUCCAUUUGUGAAAAAAUUACAAUAUUGAAUGAAAAAUGGAAAGUCACCGGAAACUUGUGUUGCCAUUUUGUAAUGUCAUGCUGUUUUCUUUUAACUGUAUAUUCAAUAUUUAGUCAUUGAGAUCACAGGUCAGUUCAAUCACAGCUAGGUCUCACAGUGCAUUACAGGAUGAGAACCAGAAAUAUUGUGUUAGCUUCUCCUCUUCCCCCUAAGCUCCCUCUAUUAUGACUGACAGAAGCAAGGGCACGGUUUAAACAAUGCUUGUCAGGGAGUCCGAAUGGCAGUACACUGUUACAAAAUAGUCAAAAACAACAACACAGAAACUAUUUGAAAUUAAUACGAAAAAAAAGAAAUUAAGUUGGUAAAAAGAUGGUAAUAGACAUUUUUUCCCAUUAUCUAGGAGCUGGGUUCUUGUAGACAAUCAAUACAACAUAUUUUUGUAUAAAGAGGGUGUGCUAAGGACCUCCUCUGAACCCUACAAUGACUCUGACUUCCAAGACAUGACCUCCCACUUGACCAAUCACUGCAUCCAGAAGGAACAUUCUAAAAACUAUGGACGGUAUGAGGAGGGAAACGAAAUGUUCUUUGAAGAGUUCAAUCAGUAUCUUGAGACGUCUCUAAAUACCAAUCUUGAAAAUGGCAUCUUAUGGCAGAUAAAACAAAUAAUAAGGUAAUUGUUUACUACUGACUCUGGUAUUGAAAAGCUGACAGGUAAAAAUAAAAAUUAAAUCUUACAUGUAUUCUUAUUAGUAAAAACAUUUGUAUAAAUACAAUGUAGAAUGUGCUCAGUCAAUUCAUAUGUAUACAAACGACGCCACUGCACAAAAUUACACCAUAAAUUGUUACCUUGAUAUGAAUAUCCUCUGUUUGUUUAUCCCACUUUUACCUUUCUCUUGUUAUGGUGCAUACACACCAAAUGUAUGUACUCACCUUGAAAACGCAAAAAUAAAGAAUUUUUUUUAAAAAUGUUGAAUGUGAAUAUUUAAACUUAGGUAAAUUGUAAGAAUUUGUUUAAAAACUGAAUAGUGUACCUUUUGCAUAAUGAUGAGGAUAAAAAGUUGCCAGGUGGCUAUUAGCAGCUGUGAGACUGGUUUCAUUCAUUAUUAGAAAUGAAGCACAUUAAGGCUUAUCACACUUAUGUGUGUGGUAUUGGUCGCCAUAGGUACUGGGUGUAUCCCUUAAAGCAUCACUGCCCUUAAUUGUGACCCUGUACUGGUUUGUAGAAUAGAGUCUCACUUGCUUUUUUUCAUUUCUUGCAUGAGAUCUGUCUAUUUGCAUUGACCAGUAUAUAAGAUGAUGUAGGACUCUCUUGUUCUUUGCCCACACAGAGUCUGUCUGACCUGCAUCGAACCUGCAAUUAGCACCAAGCACCUGUCCUACCACAGUUUCCAGCUGUUUGGUUUUGACUUUAUGGUUGAUAGGAAUCUGAAGGUCUGGCUGAUCGAAGUCAAUGGUGCCCCGGCCUGCGCUCAGUAAGCCAUCUGUUAAUUAUUAAUUUUAUAACAAGAGCAGCAAUGGUUAACACCGAACACAUAUAAUACAUUCUGACUAUAAAGCUAAAUCUGUAAUAUUUAUAUUUUUGAUUGUCCAAUUCUCCUCUCGUGAAUAUGUGAACUAAAUUUCCCAAUAUUUAAAAACACGUCUUAGUUGGGCAUGAAGUGCCUUCAGCUCUUCAGUUUUUUGGUUUUUUUAACUUGUCUCUACCUGUGUUUUUUUUCUAAUUUGAAACCCAUAAAUAAUGUAAUAUUUAAGGUACAUUUUUCUGCCGGCAUAUUUUUUCAAUUAGAAGUACAAUGGAUGUGCUUGCACUUUAUCUCCAACGUUUAUUCUACUUGAUACUCACGAACACAGUCACCAUGUGUGUACAACAGUAACCUGCAAGGGGGGUUGUUUAGUUACUAUGGCACUGAAUAUGUUUGCAAUCGACAUUUCAUGUGGUUGCUGAGUAUUAUAUCAUUUAAAUUCACGUUAAACCACAGUGCUAUGGUUAUCAAUCACUGCCCUGUGGUGUAUUAGCAAAUGUAUGUUAAAGGUUACUUUGGCUUGACAGACAUUUUAAUUGUUUUCUUCUUAUAGAAAAUUAUACUCCGAGCUUUGCCAAGGUAUUGUGGAUUUAGCCAUUUCCUAUGUCUUUCCAAUGGAUGACACUGUUCCGAAGCAGACCCCUGAGACAGCUUUCAUCAAGCUCUGAAGACAAUAUGCUAUCUAUGUACACACACACACAAGCUUGGCUGCUGCCUAUUUAUUGUCCGAGAACUAGAUUACAAAUAUUUCACUUUGUAUCAUGUCCAAAAAAGGAUAAAUGAACACAUUUUGGAAAAUGAUAUCUACUGCAAAAGACUCAAGGAUGACCCAAAGUGACAAUGCUUUGCUUAAUCAUGCCAAACAUUUUUUUGUUUUGAAUAUGAUUUUUUUACACUUAUUAUCAUUGUUUUUAUUAUUAUUAUUAUUAUUAUUAUUGUUGUUUUUUAUUUAUAGGUAGAAUGAAGGAAAUAUUUAGAAAAAAGUACACAGUGUUGUAAGAUGUGGAGACAGAAUGUGAAAUUCUUCAAUUUUCUGUCUUCAAACCAGUAAAGUUUUAUUGACAAGGUUUAGAGAGACUUGUCAUGCAUUUUAUGGUAGAGCCAUAUUCAUGUCCCUUUAUGUCUUUAAAUCUAUAUUGUAUGCUAGAAAAACAUCUCUAUAUAGCAGUUUGAUUAAUUGAAAUAUUUAUUAAUUACCAUACCAAUACCAUUAAUAUCCUAUUUGCUUGUGUGCCUAAAGGGACACUAUAGUUACCCCAGACCUUCAUUGAGAUGAAGUUAUUUGGGUGCAGUGUUCCUGUCCUUUUAAUCCUGCAAUAUAAAACAUUGCAAUUUUUUUAGAAAUGGCAAAGUUUACAUUGCUAGGUUCAGGGAUAGACAUGUGCAUGCCUUAUGCUAUAGUGUCCUUGUCAUGAUUUAAGUGACCGUGUUCUCUCCCUGCACAUCCCCCCUUGGGAAAGUAUUUAGAGGCUAGUGCGCAUGCACAUCAGAAUGCCACACUGCGGCAAUCAUAUGGACUCUACAUAACCAUGUGAUUUGAAGUUGCCAAGUUUAACUCUGCUAUUUCCAAGGAAGUGCCUUUAAACCCUGCAAUGUAUGGCAAUGUUUUAACUUGCUGGGUUAAAUGAAGGGGGCAUGGCACCCAGGCCACAUUAUUAAGAUGACGUGGUCUGGGUACCUAUAGUGUCCAUUCAAGUUCUACUGCAAGUUCUACUGCACAGACUGAGUAAAACCCUGCCCUGUGAUACAAAAGCCCAUAGGAAAGCAAUGGAUAAAUGCUUUCCUAUGGGGAAGCUGGAAUGCGCAUGUGCAUUAGGUAUCCAUUACUCCGUUAUGAGGAGGAUUGGAUUGGACCAUGCUGUAGGAUGCCCUGCCUCCUCUGUGUCAUCGCUGGAUCAGUGGUGAGCAUUGCCCUGGGGUUAUUUUUUCUAAACGUGGAAGGGGGAGGCAGAGGGGAUGAGGGGAGUCAAUAUAGAUCUAGGGACAGGGGCACUAUAGUGUUAGGAAUACAGGUUUAUAUUCCUAAUGUUAUAGUAUGCUUUUAAGCAUACAUACUUUGCUCAAGGGUUAAGUUGCAGAGGAUUCUGGGUUAGACUUCGGAUGAGAAAUGGAAGUGGCAUGGUAUAAUAAAUAUUUAAUUCACUCCAUAUCUAUACCUCUGCUAUACGUGUAGCUAGCACAAUACAUGAUAGGUAAAAUAAAUGGGGGCGUUUGAACAGGGCUCUUUCAUUUUGUACGUGGCAUAGUCCUUUUUCAGGAUCAUAAGUAAGUGUAUCAACUGUGAUGUCUGUCUUCAUGAAAAGGGAAGGUGUUGGAGAAUAACCUCUCUAGCUGCAUUAUAGUGCCUUAGAAUUUUAACUCUGAAUUUGCCUCCUUUUCUUCUUAAUAUCUCCUUUAGAAUUUGUUCUUGUUGAUAUUUAAUAUGAUCAGUUUUCUAAAGCAAGAGCUAACAGGCACAUUUGAUGCCCUUAUGUCAUGUGCUGAAUAACGUACCCCGCUUUGCAUUGAUGGUCACACCAAUGCUGUUCCUUGAAGUAAGUUUAUUUGCGAGGUGUUUACAAUCUCUUAAACAUUGUUGCUAAGAUGGAGCAGUUUUUCUUGCAGACACAUCCCUGCAGAAACAGACAUUCACCAGGAUGUUCAUAAAAAAACAACAACCCGCAAACAGUUGCAAAUAAAAUCAAACUGCCGGGCGUUAAUAGAAACAUUGUUAGCAACUUCCGACAGCCAAAAGGUCAAAGCUGCAUACUGCUGUGGCCUUUAGAUUAUUCUAUAUAAAACCAUCUGCAGAAUAAAAUAAUCGACUAUUUGGAGGCAGGUGCUAUUACUAACAAUAUUCCUUUUUGUUUUUAUUAUCAGUAUGAUAGAAUAUGUGUUGCAAGGAAAGUGAUGUUAUUCCCAAACUGCUGAAAACUUGUGGAUAUAUAUUUGUCACAAUAGCCAUUUAUUGUAACCAAUAACACUCUGAGAUAGCAUGGCAGCUGAAAGAAAGAAUCUUCACUCCCCUCACCAUAUCACUUUACUAUUUUAGAUUCACUCAUCAAUAAUAUAUUAAAGGAAUAGUCUAUGUUGAGAGAAAAAAAUAACUAGUUAUUUUUUUGUUUUUUACGCUAUAGUAUUAAGAUUAUUUUAUAGUCAUUAAAGGAACACUAUAGUGUCUGGAUUACAAACGUAGGUCCUUGACUCUAUUAGAUUGCUCUGAAAAAAAGCGAUUUAACUCACCUUUUAUGCCGCGGCUGACCCCACCUGUCUCCACUUCCCUGGCUGAGAACAUCAAACUUAAUGAUCUCAGCCAUUGCAGUGUUUUUCCAUAGAAAGCAUAUUGGAAGGCCAUGCUGCGCAGAUCAACAUUUCCUCAUAGAGAUGCAUUGAAUCAAUGCAUAUUUGUUGGGAACAUUCAGCGCCUCCAUGCAGAGCGUGGAUACAAUAAACGACAGAUUAGGACACCUCUCUAGUGGCUGUCUGAGUGACUGCCAAUAGAGGUGUUACUAGGCAGCAAUGUAAACACUGCCUUUUCCCUAUAAAGGCAGUGUUUACACUGAAAAGCUUGAAGGGGAUAUAGGCAGAUACCAUAGUGAUUGAAUGACGGCCACUAAAGUAGUGGGCAUUACAAAAUAUAAACAGUGCCAUUUCUCAGAAAUAACACUGGUUUUAUCUCCAAGUCUGCAGGGGCAUCAUCUAUGCCCCAGGAUAAGCGAUUUUGAUGCUUAGAUUUUUAUUUUCAAUGUAUUGCUUUUCUGCUUUAGCAUUCAGUAUUUUAUCUUGAAAAGUAUACAUGCAGAAAACAAAGCAUACUAUAUUUUUAGUACAUUCCCAAUGAAAAUAUUUACACAUUAAUGUUAGCGGGACAUAAUUGGAAAGGGGCUAAAUAUGUUGGAAUAUACUAAGAGGAAAAGUGACACUUCCCGAUUACUUUAAAAAAAAAAAAACUAAAAUAAACUUAAAAACAAUUUUGAACCCCCUUAAAAAAAGAUAAAUGUCAGAAAACGUUGAUAGAAAUCCUGCAUUGCAUGUACAAUUCACAUAAGAUGAGAAGAAAAAAAAUAAAACCUAAUGUAACUGGACCUAAAAUCCACAAUAUUGCCCACUUUUACAAUAUUUUAAAUAUUUUACACAUUCACAAAAUACUACAUACUGAAAAGUGUUUUAUACCUUGAAUCUGUGAUUCACACGUUCAUUAUACAGCAAAUGUAUCUCACAUUAUUGUAUGCACGGAAUAUUUGCAAAGCGAGCAGCUUUCUUGUUCACUGAGAAAGUGAAACCCUUGAACUGUUAAUAAGAUAUUUAUAAGAAGCCGUGUGUACUGGACAAACUUAAUGGAUUUAAUAACCUUUUUUUUUUUUUUUUUGUUUCCUACAUCCUGGCAAAGUUGACUUCACAAAGCCAACAUGCUGUGGUGUCAUAAUUUGUCCCCACUUUUCAAAAAACCUGUGCCAUUGAACUUCUGACACUGUCUACGCUGUGCAUUUUUCAGUAAGAUAAAUAUUUACAGGGUUAUUCACUACAGUGUGAAUUGUCCGGAAUUCACGGCAAAUUUCAGGAACAGCCAAUACAAUAUUUUGUGUGUCCAUUUUGGCCCAAAUAAAAUUGAAAAUUUGUGUUAAAUUCCUAAUAAUUAAUUUCUUUAAUAAUUAAAUGCCUAUAAGGAACACUUUCAUUCACUGAAUUCCCAGCAACAUUGAAUUCUCUCCUGUGAAUAUAUAUUCUUAUAGAAGAGAAUAGCAGGUUGCAAAUUUGAAUGUAUGGUUGAGUCACUCAUUAACAUGUUGAAUUUAUAAAUAAAAAGAAUGUAAUAAAAAUCACCAAAAUGAAUUUAAUACUGAAGUUCACAAGACACAUGAAAAAUAAACAUUAUCAUAACUUUAUUGUCUUUUUUUUUUCUUGAACUAUGUUUAUUUCAUGUAAUACAAUAUAAGUGUCUCUUUAAUAUAGUUGUGCACAUAAGUAUGUUCAGGUCAUGCAGACAUCUGACAUUAAAGUUUGAAAUGGUGAAUACAUGUUUUAAUAAAGAC